GUGCAGCCUCUACAACCCCACGCCUCCUUCUCCGCCAUGAUCGUCAACAGGUACAAGAUGAGAGGGAACGUUGUCGCUUACAAUCUCGGAGGGAUGGGAUGUAGUGCGGGGCUCAUUGCUAUUGAUCUAGCCAAGAAUCUUCUUCAGGUACAUCCAAAUACCUAUGCAUUAGUGGUGAGCACCGAGAACAUGACCCUCAACGCCUACUUAGGCAGCAACCGCUCGAUGCUCGUCACAAACAGCCUUUUCCGCAUGGGCGGUGCAGCCAUCCUCCUCUCCAACCGCCAGUCUGACCGCCGCCACGCCAAGUACCGGCUGAUCCACACCGUCCGUGUCCAUAAAGGAUCGGAUGAUCGGCAUUACACUUGCGUCACCCAAGAAGAAGACAAGGAAGGAAAAGUCGGGGUAGCUCUCUCGAAAGACCUAAUGAGUGUCGCGGGGGAAGCCCUAAAGACCAACAUAACAACCCUAGGCCCGCUGGUCCUUCCGAUCUCCGAGCAACUACUAUUUCUAGCAACAAUUGUUCUGAAAAAGGUCUUCAACUUGCAUAUCAAGUCUUAUGUUCCCGAUUUCAAACUAGCCUUCGAGCACUUCUGCAUCCACGCGGGUGGGCGCGGGGUGCUCGACGAGCUAGAGAAGAGCCUAAAGUUGAGCCCAUGGCACAUGGAACCUUCCAGAAUGACACUCUAUAGGUUCGGCAACACUUCCAGUAGUUCAUUGUGGUAUGAGUUAGCCUAUUGUGAAGCCAAGGGACGGAUCAAGAAAGGCGAUCGGGUUUGGCAGAUCGCAUUUGGGUCUGGGUUCAAGUGCAACAGUGCAGUCUGGCAGGCCAUCAGGACAGUCGAUCGGGUGGUGAAGGAGAACCCUUGGAUCGAGGAGAUAGAAAAGUUCCCAGUCCACGUGCCUAAAGUUGUGCCAAUUGUCGCAUAAAGUUUAAGUGCAAUUGUGUGUCGAGUUAUAUUCUAGGGUUUUAGGUCUUCUUUAUGCUUGUAGCCGUUGAGGUCGUUGAAUUGUCGCAUAUUAUGUAUUUUGUGAUUGCAUAUAUAUGAUCACUAAGUUUAUAUAAUUCGGUUAUAAAUAGUUCAAUUUGUGUUCUCUA